AAACGUGGUCACAUUGAGCUCCUCUCGCGGCCGCUUGUCGCUGCCGCUUGUGCCGCGUGGCGCCGUGCCAUGCGGCGGCGCCUGCAGUUCCGCACCCUGCGGGAUGUGGGGGUGGACCUCGAGGAGAUCCGCAGCAUCCUGCCAAAUGUCGAUGCGCUACGGAACUCAAAGGAGCGCACUACAAGCCUCCCCGACACCGUGUCUAUUUGGGAGCUCUGCGACAUCGUAAAGGACAUCACCUUUUCCACCUUGGAGCCUGCCGACAGCGAACGUGGCGCUGCAAGUGAGGCGUCCAGCUCCAGCUACACCGAUGUGGACAUCUCAGAGGAUAUUGAGAAGUUCAAAAUGCCGGUGCUGGAGGAACCUCAAGGCCCACCCAGCUGCUCGCACCUCAUCAAGGGCAAAUGGCGGCCAGACGGAGGGCCAGGCAGCGCUGUGAAUCCACAGGUGCAGCUGGCUACACAGCGCCUCACGAUGAUUCGGGCAGAGCUACGCUCGCCCUUGCUGGAGACGAACAGCACCUUGGAGAUCUGGCUUCUGAGCGGCACCCACUGGGGCCAGCGCGUUAAAGACCUCUCCCCCGAGAAUGAGGAGGACCAAGGCGGAGGAGAAGACCAGCUCCUAACAGAGAAGACACAAGCCAUGUUGAAGGAACAGGAGGAAACUAAGAAAGGUGCUCGGCGCUACCAGAUCCUGUCGUCAGCCCAAAGCCUCGUGGUGCGGCCCGGGCCCGUGCGCGUCCAGCUGGAGUGCGAGGUGCCGCGGGGUGAGACGCUAACCAUCGUGGUGACCAGAGGCAGACACACCAAGGUGCCGAGCAAAGAGGAGACCCCUCCGGAGAGGAAGGGCUCCAAUGCAUCGGAGGCCAGCAAUGCACGGCGUUCAUCAUCGAUGCGAAAUACCCCUGCGACCCCGCGGCGCAGUAGCCGCCGGCUGUCCAUGCAGAUGAGCGUUCCUGAGGAGAGUGUGGGCUCCGAGUCGGGCACACCCAGGAACGGCCGCCGUAUGAGCACGCGUCGGAAGUCCUCCCAGCAUUCCCAGCUGCCGCAGCUGCCAACUUUGGAACGCUUGCCGUCAGCCGUGCCAGAAGAGUCAGGGGGCGGCCUUGCCUCUCACUCCGCGUCCGUGGCACCAGAAGCGGCGGCCAUCUCGGUGGCGCCGGAUGUGCUGAUGCCGGCGCACAAGGCGAUGGUGCGGGGCUGGACCCCCGAGGACAGCGACCACUUUGAGCUACGGAUUUGGACAACUACGCGUUUGAAGCGAGGUCCAGAGUUGAUCAAGAUGGAGGAGGAGCCACGGGAAGCGCAAGUGGACCCCUACUGGCAAGGGCGGGUCAGCACGGUGCGGGAAGCCUUCAAUCUCCUUGAGACGGCCCAUGAGGCCAGCCUGUGGACUCAGCGUGCUGACGUCGCUUGGAAUGCUCGUGUGGGGCUGAACAAAGACCUGGACCUCGUGCUGGCAGACCUCCGGAAGCUGCAGCAGAUGCAGAAGCCGGAGACGGACUUCUUCAAGUACUGCAACAAAUACAGCCUGGGAGGCUUCACUCUCCUGGACUGCGUGGGCAAGGAGCUGGGCACGCGCUACUGAGCUUCGGUUAAACCGCCCUCAUUGCGAGGCUCACAGAGAGAGGCUUAGUUACCGAAAGCGGCACGUCGUUUUUUGCUUAACAAGUAAACUUGAAGCAACCUGAACGGACGAAAGGAUGGAAAAUCCUCACAGUUUGAUGGGAAGCAACGCAUUUGCCUUCGCUGAAGGUGAAGGCGACCGAGUUGGCUGUGUCUUCAGAAGAUCUGAAGUAACAUUGUACAUACUGCCAACCUCACGUUGUCGAUGUGAUUAGCAACGGGCCCAUGAUUGACGUAUAUGGACAAGAA